CUGCUCACUCGCACUAGACUCAUUAACGCUGGAGGAGACGCGCAGCUGACAUCUAUUGUAGCCUACUUUUCUCAUUUUCUCAUCCCGGCACUAUACGUCAGCAAAAUGGGGAAAGGAUGCAUCGCUGCCACCAAGUACUUCCUGUUUUUCUUCAACUUAAUAUUCUUUAUCUUCGGAGCUACGAUUAUGGGAUUUGGACUGUGGAUCAUCCUAGACAAUCAGAGCCUCAUUGCAGUGUUGCAGGAUUCAUCCAUGGCCCUAAAGGUGGUCUCCUAUAUUCUGAUUGGCGUGGGCUCAUUCUCCAUGAUUCUGGGAUUUCUGGGCUGUCUGGGGGCCAUAUAUGAGAUCCGCUGUUUGCUUGGAUUGUACUUCACCUGUCUGUUGCUCAUCCUCCUUGGUCAAGUGGCUGCUGCCGUUCUCAUCUACUUCCAGCGUGAUUCGUUGAGGAAGGAGACGAGCGAAAUUGUGUCCCAAGUCAUAGAAAACUACACCGGACAGAACAAAACCGCAGAGCAGGCCUGGGACUACCUACAGAGAACAAUGCAGUGUUGUGGCUGGCUUGGAAGUGAGGACUGGGAUGUGAACCAUAUGAUAAAGAACAGUUCAGAGAAUUUGUACUCCUGCUCCUGCCACAAUGAUUCCCUCCAACCAUUUAAUGUCACAGAUAGCGGCUUCUGUUCGGACGCAUCUAAUAAAUUGCCCAUCUAUGAGACGGGCUGCAUGGAUAAGGUGGGGAGCUGGCUCUUCACAAAUUAUGGCAUUAUUUUGGGAAUCUGCCUUGGUGUGGCUGUCAUUGAGCUCCUUGGUAUGAUACUUUCUAUGGGCCUUUGCAAGACUGUACACCAAGAAGACUACACCAAAGUGCCAAAGUACUGAGGAAGAAACACGGACACUUGCACACAAAUGUAUUCAGUCCUUCCUUAUUUGCUUGGAACAACAGAUCUCCCUCUUUUUCUACAAGUAUAUACAGUGUUUCAUAAAGAUAAACUUUAGGGCUGUUUAGUCAUGAGAUUUCACUCUUUGUCAGUAACACUAUCGCCUGAUAUAAUCAAAUCUUUUUAGUCCAGUUUGAAUAGCCCAUUGUAAUGACAGUCUGAAUUGCAGAACAUGAAAGCUGCCCACGUAAAUUAAUGAAAAGCGUAUGAUGAGUCCUGGUGCCCAUCAAUUGUCUAUUUAUACAACACUUUUUAACACCCAGGCUGGCCUACAACAUAUUUGCUUUGAUAUUUCUUCAUUAUAGUGACCCAAACUAUGAGUUAAUAGCCUAUUAAACUUCGGUUUAUGCUUUAUAGACAAUGGAAAAACCACAAAGGCCUGCUUUUGAUAAAACAAGGGACUUUUCUUUAGAUAUUUAGCAUGUGUUUGUUUUGUGUAUAUAGACUGACACAAUCUCCACCCUGCUCCAGUGGCAUGUCCCAAAUAACAAAGUUGGUUGUGUUAUAGUCUGUCAUUUAUGUUUGUACAUCAGUGUUGUUGCCUUUGUUUAUAUUUUUUAGUGUGUAUAUAUUUAGCUUUCAUUUGCAUGUUGAUUUUGACAAGUCUUGGGAGUCAAAAUGUUCCCUUUUGUACAGAUGAUAAAUUUUUAUCUUUUUCUACAUGCUUAAGUUGAGCAUAUCUGUAUGAGCAUAUUUGUAAGGAAGUACAAUAUAAAGCUAUUCCUUGAUGAUGUGAACCAAAAUGAAGAUUAGCCCCCAAAGUUGACUGCAGACUUGAUUUUAUUUUAUUUUUGAUUGCAUUGAUCCUAAUUUAACUGGUUUACUCUGGCACCGCUAUGACUUUAAUUGUAUACUUGUUAUGACAAGUAUAAAUGGAAAAAUGCUAACAGUGUUUUAUUUGUCAUCUUUAAUAGUUCUGUUAAAUACUUAAAAUUUUGAGUUCUUAAUAAAAGGUAAAAACUUAUUUGACUGUUUUAAUGUAAAAAACAACAACAUUUUUUUAAUUCAGGGAAUACAGUCCCCAAUCAAGUAAUUAUACAAUGAUAAAAGUAUUGUAACUACAUGUACCUUUCUUAAGCUGAAUGUGUUACAAUAAAUGACUCACCACACC